UACCACCAAACCCCAAACAUUUAUUGCAAAAGACAGCUUGAAACUAGCUGAACUUGUACCUCCUUUCCUUUCAGACAACCCACAUCCAUAAUUCUAUAUAUUAAAUAUAUAUCACCUUCUCCUUUUUCAUCCAGAUAGAGAUCAAACUCCAGCAUUAAUUUGCAAAUCCUCUUUUCUCCUCAUAAAGAUAAGGGUGUGUGGAGCUUUAAAUUGGGUUACUUGGGAUUUUUAUUGUUGGUGUUUGGUAGUGGUGGAUUGGUGGAGGGUGGUGGUUGUGGUUGUGUUUCUCUCAACUCUCUGUGUUGGGAAUUAAAAGGGUGUGUGAGAUAUGGGAAGGUCUCCUUGUUGUGACAAUAGAGGAUUGAAGAGAGGGCCAUGGUCAGCUGAAGAGGAUGAGGCUCUUCUGAACUAUAUCAACAAGAAUAAUGGCCAUGGCAGCUGGCGCUCUCUCCCCAAGCUUGCAGGUCUUCUACGCUGUGGGAAGAGUUGUCGGCUCAGGUGGACAAAUUAUCUUAGGCCAGACAUUAAAAGAGGCCCCUUCACCAAGGAUGAAGAGAAGCUUAUCAUGCAGCUUCAUGGCAUACUCGGAAACAGGUGGGCUGCUAUAGCUUCUCAGUUGCCUGGAAGAACUGACAAUGAGAUCAAGAAUUUAUGGAACACACACCUGAAGAAGCGUCUCCUCCUCAUGGGGAUUGAUCCACAAACACAUAAGCCCGUUGACUCUAACUGUUUAACUAGCACAGCACCUGCUUCCCUUGCCACCCGUCACAUGGCACAAUGGGAGAGUGCUAGGCUUGAAGCUGAGGCUCGGCUUUCCAGGGAGUCAUCACUCUUCAGCCAACUUCCGGAGAAAUCUGAGUCUGACUAUUUUCUACGCUUAUGGAACUCUGAAGUUGGAGAAGCAUUCAGAAACCUCACUACCGUGGAUAAAUCUGCAUGCCCUAGCCCCAUGUCUCAGGCAUCUUCAUCGACGAAAUGUGGAUCAGUGUCAGCUGUGACAACAGAAGUUGGCAACACCUUAACAGGGUCAUCAACCAUGGCCGGAGAUCAAAACGAUGAUAUGGAUGACAAGAUUUGCCAGACCAACACUGAAGAUGGGGGACACAAUAUUUGCCAGACCAACACUGAAGAUGUGGGAUACAAGAUUUGCCAGACCAACACUGAAGAUUUGGAAUACAAAAGUUGCCAGACCAACACUGAAGAUAUGGGAUACAAGAUCUUCCAAUCCAACACUGAAGAUGUGGAGUACAAGCCCUGGCGGUUGAACACCAAAGAUGUGAUGGCCGGGUCGGACUCCUCAUGUUCCAAUGAUUUAGAGGACUCGUCGGACACUGCAUUGCAGCUGCUGCUGAAUUUCCCCAUUAACAAUGACAUGAGCUUCCUUGAAGACAAUGUGGAUGACUAUGCAACAACUCCUGCUAGGUGGACACCCAAUUCUUUCAUUUGCCCCCUCUGAAGCAGGCUUAGGAGCUUCCUUUUUUUUGAGGUGCUGCUCAAAUUUUUGGUGGAUGUCUUCUAUAAGCUGUCAAUUUAGUUAGAGAGCUAAGAGUAAGGGUCCUGUUUUGAUACAUUUUAGCUUAAAAGUGGCAGUGCUGUUACCACUAAGUAAGCUUUCCUUAACAAAUCUUAGUUUGUUCAGGAUUCAGUAUAUAUAGUAGAUACAUAUUCCUCAAUCCUUUCA